UCCUCCUCCAUCGCCUUGAUUGCUGGCUUUCUCUGUUACAUUUCUCACUCUUCUCUUUUUCUCUUCAUCUUCUUGUCUCACUCUCAUUCUCUUCCCCUCAACCUUCCCCCUCAAUUCCCGCCAGAAUCCGCUGCGAUACCUUCAUUCUUCUUCGGACCCAGACUUUCUAAGUCCAUUCAUUCAAACCUUCAUAAAUAUAUAUAAUCUAAAUGUAUUUUGAAGUAUUGGUGCUUGUCACCGUUAAUAUCGGCAGCUCUUUCCUUCUUUGCUUCCCAGAAAAUUUUUCCUCUUUUCAAGUAUUCAGAGCACAUCAAUAUCUCUCUGGGUUUUUUUAAUACUAAUUUAGAUCGUUGUGAUGCGACUUAGAUUUAGUCCUGAACACAUUCAUAGAAGCUGCAUUGCCGACAUAUUAGUACUUGGGUUAUGAGAAUUAAGAAGGUAUGAGAAUUUGCGUGCGUGCUUUGUUAUCUGAAUAAAUUGAGUGCAUCGCCUAGUUUAUUGGGCUGAGAAAGCAUUUUUCUGGUUUUAGAAUAUUUAUGGUCAAUAAGUUUUGUGUUAUUAUUAGCAUUUAUUUUUGCCCGGAAGAAUCCAAAGGUGCAGUUUCUCGGUAUUGAUUAAUCAUCACUGAGUUCAAGGAUUCUUGAAGUAUUUGAGAAGUUAAGGUCUCUUACGUAAGUGGGCGAGUGAAUCGAAGUGGCUCUUUCACUGAUGGUGCUCCGAUGGGCGAAAAAACGGUGAUGGGAAAUUAAGCAAUCGCAGAAGUAUCAUUGACAACGUGGAAAUGCAGCUCAAGAUUUUGGGCUCAGGCAAAAUUGAAAGGCCUAAGAGAUUGAUUAUAAGGCCCCGAAUUAAGGUUUGGAUGGUAAGGACAAUUACGACUGUAAUACUCUGGAGUUGUGUUGUUCAGCUUAUGGCACUGUGUGACUUGUGGGCGCCAAGAUUGUUGAAGGACAUGCCUUGCUAUUUUAGCCACACUGAUUCAUCUCCUCCUUUGAAGAUAGAUGAAGAGAAGUCUCGAGUUUCAGCCAAAACUGUCCUCCCACCACCCAGAAGUGUAAGAAUAGAUGAAGACAAGUCUCAAGUUUCAGCCAAGUCUAUUCUUCUACCCAGAAGUGUAAGGAUUGAGAAAGAGAAGUCUCGCGUUUCAGCCAAGGCUGUGCUUCCGCCCAAAAGGAUUUAUAAGAACAAUGGUUAUCUUAUGGUUUCUUGCAAUGGAGGACUCAACCAGAUGCGAGCAGCAAUAUGUGACAUGGUCACAAUUGCCAGAUAUUUGAAUGCAACUCUCAUAGUUCCAGAGCUGGAUAAAACCUCCUUCUGGGCUGAUCCAAGUGACUUUGAAGACAUAUUUGAUGUAGAUCAUUUCAUUACAUCUUUAAGAGAUGAGGUUCGGAUAUUAAAGAAACUACCACCUAGGCUAAAAAAAAAUGUUGAUGCGAAACGACACUACUCAUUGUCACCUGUUAGCUGGUCUAAUAUAUCAUACUAUGAACAUCGGAUCCUUCCUCUGUUGCUGAAACACAAGGUUGUGCAUUUAAACAGAACUGACACUCGACUAGCAAAUAAUGGACCACCUCCUGAGAUUCAAAAGCUGCGAUGCCGAGUAAAUUUCAAUGCUUUGAGGUUUACUCCUCAGAUAGAGCUACUUGGUAGAAGGAUUGUCAGAAUUUUGAGGGAAAAGGGACCUUUCCUUGUACUUCAUCUUAGAUAUGAGAUGGACAUGUUGGCCUUUUCUGGCUGCACUCAGGGCUGUGACAGCAGUGAGGUGAAGGAACUCACAGAAAUGAGAUAUUCUAAGGACUGGUGGAAGGAGAAAGUAAUUAAUUCUGAACUGAAGAGGAAAGAAGGUUUAUGCCCUCUGACACCUGAGGAAACUGCUCUAACAUUGACAGCACUAGGUAUAGAUCACAAUUCUCAAAUUUAUAUUGCUGCUGGAGAUAUAUAUGGUGGGGAGAGAAGGAUGGCAGAUUUACGUGCAGCAUUUCCUAAUCUGGUAAAGAAGGAAACUCUACUGGAUCCUUCAGAUUUGCAAUAUUUCCAAAACCAUACCUCACAAAUGGCUGCUCUGGAUUACAUUGUGUCUCUUGAGAGCGAUAUAUUCAUUCCAACUUAUGAUGGGAACAUGGCUAAAGUCGUAGAAGGCCAUCGCAGGUUCCUAGGAUUCAAGAAGACUAUACUACUGAGAAGGAAGCUGCUGGUGAACUUAAUAGAUCAGUACACCACGGGCUCAUUAAGCUGGGAUGAGUUCUCUGCUAUUGUAAAGCAAUUUCAUGCCUCUCAAAUGGGAAGUCCCAGACCAAGAAUAGCCAUACCAGAAAAACCCAAAGAAGAAGACUACUUUUACGCCAAUCCGCACGAAUGCUUGCAAAUGUUGGAUGAUGAACCAUUGAGGAGCACGUCAUAACGUGCCUCUGAUUCAUUUACAUGGUUUCAUCCAUUGAAUGCAGUGGCAAUUGGUAUAUAUAUAUUUUGCUGGAAGAAGGUCCAUGGUCCUUUACAAGAAAAAAGGUUUUGGUAUAAAAAACUGAGACUGCCUGUUAUUCUUCACAGGCAUCAUUGACAUCAGUUAAGGUAACAUCUAAAUUUCAUGCCUUUGAGGGACAGAUUUUUGUGUGAAGCCAUAGCAAGUGAUGUCAAAUCUUCACCAUGAGUGAAAGGUACAGUGUUUCUAUUCAUUUAUUUCUAAUGGCAUAAAUUUUCUGUUUUUUUUUUA